AUGCCCCCUUCACUGAGGUCUAGAGGCCCUCUGUGUCAUUACUGCAAUCGCUGGUCGAACAGUAAACAUAAGGGUAGCCGUCAUUUUCGGUGCGAGAAUUGUCUAGCUGAGAACUUUCUGGAUGAGCAUGGCGGAGUCCUUGAUGUUCCGCCAGAGGAGAUCUCAUCCCCUCAGCCAUUAACACGGCCCUUCGCGAAAGUCUUGCCCAGCGAUCAACGCGUCGAUGUAACCGCCACGUUCUGCUCGACCUGCCUCAAGAAUCAGCACAUUCUGACCGAGACUCUUGCCAACUAUCUCCCUCCACCUGAAGAUCCAACCUACGAUCAGUAUGAAGCUUCCUAUCCCGAGUUUCGACGAAGACUUGAAGGACGAUAUCCUCCCCUUUGCGUGCGUUGUGAACCAGAAGCACGUCGGCGGAUUCAGCAAGCAGGUUAUACAGCAAAGUCCGAUCACUUAAGACGCCUAAUGGAACGCUCUCGGGUUAGAAGAAUCCACAGCCAAUGGGGUUGGAGGAGCUUGGUCGUGACUUUAGGUGGAUGUUUUUUCUGGAUGAGCAUUUUGGGACAGCUGGCUUGGAACCUUAUCAGCAUCUUGGAAGAUCCAAAACCGAACAGCCUUCAGACAACGCCGAGGACGGUCUUUACGUCGCUCCAUUGUGCUGCUCAACUCUUCACAGACUUGAAGCCACAAUCAGGAUGUGCCGCAGCAUUCGCUCCGCUUAGCUUCAGUGCCAUCGUACUUGGGUUCCUGUCUAGCUGGUGGAAUCCGAGAUGGCGGCAUAAACUGCAAGGGCAAGAAGGACGACUGGUUGGACUACAAGAAUACUACAGGAUGAAUACUGUGGUGCUAUUAGCAAGACUUGGCUUCUGGACCUGGGCACGGUGUUCUACCGCACUCUCUUCGACACAUCACGGCCAGCAGGUCAUUCAUUCCGUCGUGAUGUUUAUGACCCUGGUUUUCACAAUCUACGCCAUGACGAGAGUGAAUAUCGAUACAACUCCAUUGGUAUCCUGGCAAGACAGUUCGGUACAACUGUUAUCCCAAGAACAAAGUGAUUCUUCUGUUGCCUCUGCCAUUGCGCAUCCUCCAUUUCCCGCACGUCUCAAUCGACCAGAAGCAUCACAUGCGCAGUCGUUUCCAAUAGGUAGCCUGGCACAAGAGCCAAAACGUCAGAUCUGGCAAGCACCUACUCCUCCGCCAGAUGACGCUGAUCUAAUGGAAUGGGAGCCAUCGCAAAGUUUCCAGCCGAAUCCUCGCCGCCCAAAAGUCGACGCUCCUCCUGGUCCAUCACCCUUUCAUGGAGCUUUGCCUGCCAUCCCGACCAAUAGGUUGCUUCAUCCUCAGCCACGGAGGCAGCCUGCCCAGAAAGAAGCUAUUGGUCUCCCACCAGGCUUUUUCGAUAAAAGAGAUCGUCUCAAGGAGACGGAGCGGCCUGCAUCCCUACCGGCAAUGGCUCAACCUAAGUUUUUUUCACAAGGAGAUCGCGAGGCUGACACUGGUCUCGAGAACAUUUUCGACGCUGUUUUCUCCUUACGCGAUGCACCCCUCUUCCCAAGAGCGUCCACCGAACAAGAUGUACCAGCGCAAGCGGACCAACAGUACCAGCACCCGUUUGAUACUCCUCUCAGCGCUCCAGAUAGGCCGUCGUACACCUCGAUGAGGUUGAAUGCUAUCCACAUGGCAAAGCUGGCUGUCUUUGCUACAAGUUUCGUUGUCUUGUAUGCUCCUCGGCAGCUUCAACUAGACUUGCCUUUUCUGGAGCUUGGUGUUAUUUGCAUUGCAGGCUCAGCAGCUUUGUGGCUAUCGCUUCUAGCGAGUAGAAGAUCAUCUUCUUCACUAGAUGGAAGCGAUCUCAUUUGGUCUGCAGCGUCAGCUCUCAUUGCAGCAUUUGUCGUAUUUCAACAAUGGAACAUCCCCAAAGAAGGACUUGAGCAAAGCGGUGAUCGAGUGGCAAUGAUGUUCUUGUUUGUCUGCAGUUGCUGGGAGAUGUCUCGGAUCUUUGACUGGAAACCAAUGAAGUCGACCCGAAAUCCCCGUGAACUUCAGCAACCGAGCCUGCAGCACGAGGUUGAACCGUGGCAUCCCGCAGCUCCCACUUCCGGGUUCCAGCCGCAGAGUCCACUUUCAAAUGAGGAGAAUCGGCAGUCAUCAGUGUCUGAAACUCAGUCUUCGGUGUUGCAGGAUGCUAGUUGGCAACCUAAACCAUUUUCCCCUUUCAGACCUACACCAUCCUUGCAAGCAACAGAACAAAGACCUCUUUUCAGAAGCAGAAGCGACAGCGCAGACUCGGCAAUAUCUCAAAGCUCAACAACCACCACCGAUACGGCUACCACAGCAGGAUGGAAGACCCCGAAUUUUCGAGCGCAGCAUUCCAUUGGCAAUUUAGAGCAGAGCCCAGGCUUCAAUCUCCGAAGCCUAGUACUAGAAGACAGAGUAUCGACGCCGAGCAGGCGAGAGCAAAAAAGUUUCGGAACAAGGAACCGGAGCAGAUUUUAA